CGAGACCCGCGGCCGCCCGCGCGCGCCGCCCAGUGAGCGCCGCGCAGUUCUCGCGAGGCUGCGGCAGGGCCGGCCCGACAUGGCGGAAGAGGAGGUGGCCAAGCUGGAGAAGCACUUGAUGCUUCUCCGACAGGAGUAUGUGAAGCUACAGAAGACGCUGGCGGAGACGGAGAAGAGAUGCGCACUUCUGGCUGCACAAGCAGACAAGGAGAGCAGCAGUGAGUCCUUCAUCAGCCGCCUGCUGGCGAUCGUGGCCGGCCUCUAUGAGCAGGAGCAGUACAGUGAUCUGAAGAUAAAGGUUGGGGACAGGCACAUCCGUGCUCACAAGUUUGUGCUGGCGGCCCGCAGCGACAGCUGGAGUCUGGCUACUUUGUCUUCCACCGAGGAGCUGGACCUGUCAGAUGCCGACCCUGAGGUGACGAGGGCAAUGCUGCGCUGGGUGUACACGGACGAGCUGGAGUUCCGGGAAGACGACGCGUUCCUGACGGAGCUGAUGAAGCUGGCGAACCGGUUUCAGCUGCAGCUCCUCAGGGAGAGAUGUGAGAAGAGCGUCAUGUCUCUGGUGAACGUCAGGAACUGUAUCCGCUUCUAUCAGACUGCGGAGGAGCUGGGUGCCGGCACGCUGAUGAACUAUUGUGCGGAAAUUAUCGCCAGCCACUGGGAUGACCUGCGGAAGGAGGACUUCAGUAGCAUGGGCGCCCAGCUGCUGUACAAGAUGAUCAAGUCCAAGACCGAGUACCCAUUGCACAAGGCAAUCAGAGUAGAGAGAGAGGAUGUGGUCUUCCUGUAUCUGAUCGAGACGGACUCACAGCUCCCUGGAAAGCUGAACGAAGUGGACCAUAACGGAGACCUGGCUCUGGAUCUCGCCCUGUCACGACGACUGGAGAGUAUCGCCACCACGCUGGUUAGCCACAAGGCUGACGUGGACAUGCUCGACAGGAACGGCUGGAGCUUGUUGCAUAAAGGAAUCCAGAGGGGAGAUCUCUUUGCUGCCACCUUCCUCAUUAAGAAUGGGGCCCUUGUCAAUGCUGCUACAUUGGGUGCCCAGGAGACACCGUUGCACCUUGUGGCAUCGUGCAGUGCAAAGAAGCACUCGGCAGCUAUGAUGACUGAGAUGGCCCAGAUCGCAGAGGCCCUUCUGCAGGCCGGCGCCAACCCCAACAUGCAGGACAGCAAGGGCAGGACGCCCCUGCACGUGUGCAUCACGGCCAGGAAUGAGCACGUCUUCAGCCAGCUGCUGCAGUGCGAGCGGCUGGAUCUGGAGCUGAAGGACCAUGAGGGCAGCACCGCCCUGUGGCUCGCCGUGCAGUACGUCACCAUGUCCCCCGACCACUCCGUGAACCCCUUUGAAGACCUCCCGGUGGUGAACGGGACCUCCUUUGACGAAAACAGCUUCGCAGCCCGACUCAUCCAGCGCGGCAGCAACACCAACGCCCCAGACACGGUCACAGGGAAUUGCUUACUGCAGCGGGCGGCUGAAGCAGGGAACGAGGCAGCGGCUCUCUUCCUGGCGACCAGUGGCGCCCAGGCCAACCACAGGAACAAGUGGGGAGAAACCCCGUUGCACACAGCCUGCCGCCGCGGCCUGGCCGGCCUCACUGCAGAGCUGCUGCAGCAGGGCGCCAACCCGAACCUGCAGACUCAGGAAGCCCCGCCGCCACCGAGGGAGGCUGCGUCCGCCAGCAGCCCCACGCACAGCGUCUACCUGCAGACCCCGCUGCACAUGGCCAUCGCCUAUAAUCACCCCGACGUGGUAUCUGUCAUCCUGGAGCAGAAAGCUAAUGCUCUUCAUGCCACCAACAACUUGCAAAUCAUUCCGGACUUCAGCCUUAAGGACUCCCGAGACCAGACGGUGCUGGGCCUGGCAUUGUGGACGGGCAUGCACACGAUCGCGGCACAGCUGCUGGGCUCCGGGGCCGGCAUCAACGACACCAUGGCGGACGGGCAGACCUUGCUGCACAUGGCCAUGCAGCGGCAGGACAGCAGGAGCGCGCUCUUCCUCUUGGAGCACCAGGCGGACAUAAACGUCAGGACUCAGGACGGGCAGACAGCCCUUCAGCUGGCCAUCAGAAACCAGCUUCCGCUCGUGGUGGACGCCAUCUGCACCCGGGGCGCGGACAUGUCCGUGCCGGAUGAAAAGGGGAACCCCCCGCUGUGGCUCGCCUUGGCAAACGGUCUGGAGGACAUUGCAUCCACCCUGGUCAGACACGGCUGCGAUGCCACGUGCUGGGGCCCGGGGCCCGGGGGCUGCCUGCAGACACUCCUGCACAGGGCCAUCGAUGAGAACAACGAGUCUACCGCCUGCUUCCUUAUUCGCAGCGGCUGUGAUGUGAACAGUCCCAGGCAGCCCGGUCCUAACGGAGAAGGGGAGGAGGAGGCCAGAGACGGGCAGACCCCCUUGCAUCUGGCAGCCUCCUGGGGGCUGGAGGAGACAGUACAGUGUCUUCUGGAAUUUGGUGCCAGUGUAAACACACAGGACGCGGAAGGGAGAGCGCCUGUGCACGUGGCCAUCAGCAACCAGCACAGCGUCAUCAUUCAGUUGCUGAUCUCCCACCCCGAUAUCCACUUGAACGUCCGCGACAGACAGGGGCUGACCCCUUUUGCCUGCGCCAUGACUUACAAGAAUAACCGGGCAGCGGAGGCCAUCCUCAAGCGGGAGUCCGGGGCUGCCGAGCAGGUGGAUAACAAGGGCCGGAAUUUUCUCCACGUGGCAGUUCAGAACUCUGAUAUCGAGAGCGUCCUAUUCCUGAUCAGCGUGCAGGCAAAUGUGAACUCCAGAGUCCAGGAUGCAUCCAAGCUAACCCCUUUGCACCUCGCCGUCCAAGCAGGCUCGGAGAUCAUCGUCCGCAACUUGCUUCUUGCAGGAGCCAGAGUGAAUGAGCUGACGAAGCAUCGCCAGACGGCCCUCCAUCUCGCUGCCCAGCAGGACCUGCCCACCAUCUGCUCCGUGCUCCUGGAGAAUGCAGUGGACUUUGCUGCUGUGGAUGAGAAUGGAAAUAACGCUCUGCAUCUCGCGGUCAUGCAUGGUCGGCUCAACAGCAUCCGGGUCCUCCUAACCGAGUGCACCGUGGACGCCGAAGCCUUCAACCUGCGCGGCCAGUCGCCCCUGCACAUCCUGGGACAGUACGGCAGAGAGAAUGCAGCGACCAUCUUCGAGCUGUUCCUGGAGUGCAUGCCUGAGUACCCUCUGGAUAAGCCGGAUGCAGAAGGGAACACGGUGCUGCUCUUGGCGUACAUGAAAGGGAAUGCCAACUUGUGCCGCGCCGUCGUCCGCUCUGGGGCUCGCCUUGGGGUCAACAAUAACCAGGGAGUCAACAUUUUCAACUACCAGGUCGCCACAAAGCAGCUUCUGUUCAGACUGUUAGACAUGCUGUCCAAGGAGCCUCCAUGGUGCGAUGGGUCCACCUGUUACGAAUGUGCUGCCAAGUUUGGAGUCACGACUCGCAAGCAUCACUGCCGCCACUGCGGACGCCUUCUUUGCCAUAAAUGCUCGACCAAGGAGAUUCCUAUUAUAAAGUUUGAUCUGAACAAGCCCGUGAGGGUUUGCAACAUUUGCUUUGAUGUACUGACUCUGGGGGGGGUCUCUUAGGGAUCCCCCAGGCCACAUCCCGGUCGCCUCGCCGGCAGCUGCUCUGUUCAAGAGCCUGACCCACCCAGAGCAGGGGCUGGCCGUCCCGUCUUGCUGCGGAACAGACUGAACGAUGAAGGACCCUGGGGGGGAUUGACCCCAUUACAAGGAUUCCAUUGGGUUGUCCGUGUGUCCGACUGUGAUCGAGGUCACUGGACGACUUGGUGGACCAAGCUGUGUCGUCUCAGCACCACCUGUGACAAGAGUUGGACCCCAUUCUGCUUGCAACAUACUGGGACACUCGGAAAACCCCUCCCCUCCCGGUAGCUUAGUGUCCGUGUGGAACAAUCCCGUGAUCUUCCUGCACCAGCAGCCGGGCGGGCGGGACCCCGCGGUGGGGCGGCUGGUGGCUGGCCGCCCCAUGCGCGCUGCCUUUGCUCUGGGUAAGUGGCAGCGCAGUGUUUCCUCAAAGAUUAUAGGAUCCUCUUGCCCCAAGGCUUGUUUUUUAAACCUAAGCUGAUGUUUUUAGUGAGCUGCCCCUUUAAAAAAAAAGGUGAAAUUUUCUAAACAGGGUUCAGAGAUGAGAGCUGAAAAAUCGUGGCCUUAACAACUGAAAGCUUUACCUGGGUUCAGGAGCGCAGAGUCUGGUUCUCUCGUCUGGCUGCGUGCCGUGCGUGGAGGCCUCGCUCUGCCAUCGGGGCACGCUGGCGGAGACGCACUGUGUGCUGCGCGUGGUGUCGAGCCACGCUCCGGGGGGUUCGAUGUCCGCACCUGUACUCGGAGCCCGCCUUGCACGUGCACGCACUAGUGACUCUGACGAUUGGCCCUGAUGGGGCCAUGGUGCGCACGGGGCUGCCGGGCCCAGCGAUGGGGUGUUGGGGGGGGAUUGUGUGGCCUCCGGCCGGCAGGCACAGGGGCCCACGUUUCCCAGAAGCCUGCAAGCGGGUGCAAGCAGGUUUGGAACACGCUGGCUCAUCCGUGGAAUGAGGCCCCCGAGCUUUGGGGGCCUUCAUCGCUGCUAGUGCGUGUUGCUAACCCUGUGGCGCUGAAAAGCUCCUUUUGAAGGUUUGGCCAGUUUUUAAAAAAUGCACAUUUAGAGAGACUUCUACCACUGCUUUAAAGAAAGAAACUCUGAGAUGAGCACGUGUGCCCAUGAAUUACUCUCAGAGCUUAGCAGUGUCAGUCGUAACGCCGACGUUUCAGACUGUGAGCAACCACUACGUUGUUUUUGCGCUAAUGAAGUGUGGGUGUACGUGUAAAGGGACUAAAUAUCUCAGCAACAGCCUGCUUUUCUUGCUUUGUUUUUUGGACGGUGGUCUGUCGUCUCUGUUGCUGUAGAUUUAUACAGUCUGUUGCCUAAAUGUGUGUAUAAAACAAGCUGAUAAGCUGGA